UAUUGUCUAUUUGAAGAAGAAGAAGAAGAUAUGGGGAAGAGUCUUGCUUUUACUUCUCGUCCCUCUUUAAGUUGUCUCUCCUUUAGUCUUGAAAGCAUAACAAGGUGUUUCCUUUUCUAGCUUUAUAUACUUCUUACAAGCAAGUUUCUCUAUCCUAAAUCUCCAAGAAAAUCAAAAAGCUCAAGAACCACUUACAAACACUCUUUUCUUUUCUUUUUUUCUUUAUUUACUGGAGUCAAUUAGAAUUAGCCAAAGAAAGGCCAUCAUUUGGUGAUAGAAUAGGAUCCAAUAAAAAUGCCCUUGGAAGGGAUUUGCAUUGAACCCUCUUCGAACCCAGUUCCUGAUCUCUCUCUCCACAUUAGCCCUCCCGACACUUGUUCAUCGCCAUCGAUUUGCAACAACAACAACAACAUUGGAUUAAACACAAGCUUCGAACUCUCGAGCCGCCGUGAAUCUCACAAGUCCAAAACCACGGUUUGUUUCAGAACCGACACCGAGCUCUCUCUAGCACACCCGGCAAACACAAAUUUCACUGGUGGAAUUGGAGCUGAAGAACAACCACGAAACCUUUAUCAUCAUCAGAAUCACCAUAGCCACCACCCAACCACCCAGUUAAAUCACAUAAACCAUGGCGUUUCGUUGCUCGAUGUAUCGGAUGGGCAAAGGCCUAUAAAGGGUAUUCCGGUGUAUCACAACCGUUCAUUCCCAUUCUUGCCUUUGGACCAUGUUUCCAGAGAUAGAGAUCCCAAGUUGUCCUUGUAUCAAAUGCCCUAUCCUACUACUUGGUCAUCCUCACUAUCACCCUCUUCUUCUUCCCCCUCUUUGUGCUCGUCUUCGCUCUCUCACUCGCCUUCUAAUUUGCCUUAUUUCGGGACUAGUUUAGAUCCUAUGUCUAUCUUGAACUCGGGGCCUAAUGCAUCGGUGUCACCUUAUCGGAUUGGCAGUGGUGCUGGCAGGUUUAACGGGCUAUCUCCACCGUCAUACCAAGUGCACCACCACCAUCACAAUCAGUAUGGUGUUGGGCCUUCUCAUCAUGAGGUCUCUCAUGGGAUGAUGAGAUCAAGGUUCAUGCCCAAGCUUCCGACCAAACGGAGCAUGAGGGCGCCGAGGAUGCGUUGGACGAGCAUGCUUCAUGCUCGAUUUGUUCAUGCUGUUGAGCUUCUUGGUGGCCAUGAAAGGGCUACUCCAAAGUCAGUUCUUGAGCUCAUGGAUGUCAAAGAUCUCACACUCGCUCAUGUCAAGAGCCAUUUACAGAUGUAUCGAACUGUUAAAACCACUGACAAGCCUGCAGCUUCCUCAGGCCAAUCGGAUGGUUCUGGAGAAGAAGAUACCUCUACAGUGGGCAGCUUGAGUAGGCUUAUUGACCAAAGUGGUCCAUCUGAUGGGACUAUGCAACAACAGACAGAUUUCCCUUCUACUACUCUUUGGAGUAAUUCUUCUAGCAGUAGAGAGGCUUGGCUGCAAAACAACUACAAUGAUAUGGAUGGGCUUAGACCGUUAACCUUGCCAUCACAACAAAGAUCCGGACAUCAGAUAGAGGAAAGUGAUUUGACUCGUGUGAAGAGAUAUUUAAGUUCUGAUAUGGAUCAGAAGAACCCAAGCUUGGAGUUCACAUUAGGCAGACCAGAUUGGCAAGACAAAGAACAUGAUUAAAAAAAAAGGACUACCCAGUGCAUAAUAUUCUUGCUAAAAAAGAGUCUAAGGAGAGCAAGAUGUACACAGUUUUACCUCAAUUUCUUGAGUGGCUGUUUCUAUGCAAAGAGCACGACUAAUUAGCUAAUUAGAUGUGGUUCUUUUCAUUGUAAUUUUGCAUUUGACAGUUUCAGUAUCUUCAUGAAUGAAAAGAAGGCAUAGACAUAUCAAGAGGGAUUGGUGAGGACAUAAAAAGAAGCAUUAGUUCUUCCAUUCCAUGCAUGUUAAGUCUCCUUUGUAUUGGACAUUCUUCUUUUCUUUUCCUUUUACUUUCUCUUUUCUUUUCUUUUCUUUUUUUUUUAUGUUAAGCCAUGCAGGGUUCCCUUUUUUCUUUUUUUUUUCUUUUCUCCGUGCCCCCGGAAGAAUGUGACAGUGGCAAGCUACCUACAUGGAAAAAGGAAGGGGGUCGGUUGCUUCUGAGUGAGUUUUUAGGUUUCUUUCUUUGUGUGCGUGUGAGUGAAAUGUGAAUCUGGUCUUAGAGUAGAUACCAUAAUAUGAGUUAGAGACUUGUUAUAUUCUUAUAUAUAGUUAUAGAAUCAAAACUAAGAGAAAGAGUAUGUUCA